UCUUAGUGUCAUCCUUUAGAAACACACACACACACUCAUAUAAACACUCAUACACACACACACACACACACACACACACACACUCCUUCAGAAGUGUUUUUUUUAUUCCUCCAAUGUCCGCCACCAGCACCGAGACCUCCGCUCCCCUCCCGCCCUCCGCGGGCCGGGUCUUCUUCCAGGCGGCUGCGGGGGUCGGGUGCGCUGCGGGCGGACACAUGCCGCGAGACGACCCGGUGCAGAAGAAGCAGGGCAAGGUAACGGUGAAGUACGACCGGAAAGAGCUGCGGAAAAGACUCAUCCUGGAGGAGUGGAUCAUCGAGCAGCUCAGCGAGCUCUACGACUGCGAGGAAGAGGAGAUGCCUGAAGUGGAGAUAGAUAUUGAUGAUCUGCUGGAGGUCAACAGUGAAGACGAGAGAGCCAUAAAACUACAGGAAUCCCUCACAGACUGCUAUAAGCCCACUGAUACGUUCGUACAGGAGCUGCUCGGGAGGAUAAGGGGAAUGAGGAAACUCAAUGCUCCGCAGAAGAAAAGCCUUUAAAAUGCUCACAAAAUGCCAACGACAAUCCCUUCCCAGCCACAAGGACUACAAGUCCCACAAUCCUUCACUCAGCCUCUCGGAACGCAUCCCUCGCUAUGCUAUCAAAAGCUUAAGUCGUCAGCCCAGACUCUGCAUCUUUAUUUCCCGCCUACAAAAACAUGCUACUCAAUGUGCACUGGUCUGGACUACAAAUCCCAGAAUGCAACUCUUCAAAAAAGGAUCCAUGUAGUCCACAUCUGAACCUCAAUUUUAUCGAACGGUCCUAGCAGCUACUUAGCUUAAAUCAGCACACAACUGCAUAGAACUGAAAUCACAAAACCCUUCACUACAAAUCCCACAAUGCAACAGGCCACAUAGCGCAGCACUCAUCAAGCUACUCAACAUGGAGCGGGUCUGGAAUACAAAUCCCACAAUGCAGGCAUUCAAGCAGCCAAGCAGGAAACAUACAGUCCAGAGCUAAACCUCAGUUACUCAAACAGGCCUAGCAUCCACAUAGCAUAGCCCAACACAACCUCAGAGAACUACAAGUCCCAUAAUACUUCACUCAGCUUCAACUCCACAUCUCAGAACGCAUCCCUCUGCUUUAGCGAGAUCAGAUCUCCAGCUCAGACCCCGUAUCUCCACUUCCUGCCUCCUCAAACGACUCAACUACUCCAGCAAUGCUACUCAACAUGGAGAGGGUCCGGACUACAAAUUCCACAAUGCCGCUGGUCAGCCAGGACCCAUACAGACCACAUCUAGACCUCAGUUACACCAACAGUCAUAGCAUCCCCAUAGCAUAGCCCAACACCUCCUCAGAACUGUUUAGAAGCUAUAGAAUUAUUUAUUAUUAUACGUCUAUAACAUUAUUUACAGUGUCUUUCUCUGCUUUUAUUAGAUUUCAAUUAAAUAAUAAUGCAGCGUAAUUGAUUCUGUCUGUAUUCUGCACUGUUUCAUUUUUUUGAAUAGUGUAGUUUGUCUCAUUAUUUUUGUUAUUUUUAUUUUUCAUAUUUCUGUGAUUAUUAUUGUUAGCCAUUGGCAUCUGAUGUGAGAUCAGUUGUGUGUCUGCUCUUGUUUUUUGUGAAGGACGGGUUAGGAUCUUGAUACCAGACUUUCUUUCGACAGCCUUCAUUUCUAAGCCGAUUAGCUUAGUGUUGGAAUAAGCUCCUCCUCUUUUUCUGAAACACAUGCUGAAAUGCACGCUGGGUAAUGUAGUCUUCUACUAAGUGCCAGUGCCAGCUGUUCAGAUCAAGUUUACUGGGUUGAGUUUUGAUUGGUCUUCCUGACGUGAGGUCGUGUUUCAUUUCACUAACUAGUGAACAUAUCAGUAGGAAACCACCAUGUUUGUUUGGUUUGUUUUUUGUAAUUUGCAGUAAAAGAUCGCAAUCAUAGCGCCGUUCUGUAGCGAUAAAGAAAGAGCGGGCCGUACCUGGAGUACUGUUAGAGCGUGAAGCUUGAUGAGUAUUAUAAGUAAAGCGUAUAGAAGAUUAUGGCUAUAUAAUCGAAGACUGUUACGGCAAUAUCUGUUACGUAUAGCUGCUGUAAGGUAUAUAUAAGGAGUGGUACUUUUAAAGUCAUUUAAUGACGGUGUAGAAAGAACUUGGAUGUUUUGAUGGUAGAACUUAUAUAUCUAGCAUAUAUAACCCAAACCCCCCAACCCUAAACCCUAUACCCCACCUUCCCUCUUCCUCGGAUGUGUGCGGAGGCUGCCAAAGAGUACCGAACAGUGGACGUGAUAUCAAGAGCUAAGUGAACUUGUGUAAAGUAGUCACCCUUUUUGAAAUGCCGAUGUUGGUCCUCAUCUCACAGUUUUCAUACUCGUGGAUAAACUCUGUGUCGAGAUGUUCUUCAAAUCGUGUAAAACGAGGAAUCCAGGAGAAAACUAUGGUGCUGUUACUGUCCUAUCCCUGUUUAAUUCUUCGGUGCAGUGACCUGGUGGGUUUGGGCUCCAGGACAUCAGAGAGAGAGAGAUGGUAAAGGAAUAGUUUGGUGAAAAUAAUAUAAUCCCUAAUAAUCCCAAUAAUCCCUUACCCCACGUGUAGAAUCACUGAUAUCAACCAUCAACCAUUUGUUCAACCAAUCGGUUUAGAGUUUUACGUUCUCAUUAAGAGAUCAUCUCAACUCCAUUUAUCGGCUACAAAUUGCGUCCUCUUAUAGGAAACGACUGGUCGCUUGUUGCUCUUUCACCUGACAGUGUCAAUCUGUGAUGAUCAACAUCACACUGGGAAUGAUUAGGGGAGAGAGCGCCAUCUACCCACUCUAAAAGAGCAAGGCCAAUAGUGCUCUCUCGGUCUCUGGCUGCUGAUGGCAAACAGCAUGAUCCAGAAUUUGAACUGGCGAUCUUCAGAUCAUAGUGGCAGCAUCUUAAUAAAUCUUCUUUCACUAGCACCUUUCUAGAUGGGAAAUACAUAUUAAACAGCAAGUGGAUGUGUUGGGAACAGGAAAAUCGUAACUUGCUGUGUGGUAUUUAGCCAAAUCGUGGCUAUAAAACCCUUCCUCAUAUAGAAAACGAUUGGUUGCUUUUUGCUCCUCCAGUGUGAACACAGGUUUAGACCACUUUUGGCUUUAGAACUAUCCUACAACUCUGCAUAACACUUUCGCUUCCAAAAAACACAGUCAGCAGCAACUGCAUGGCUAAACUACCACCAUCCACCACCCCUUCCACCUCUCACUUCCCAUGCUAACAACAUCAGCCCUGUAGUUUCUGCAUCAGCAUCCAACAGCAAACAUGUCCUGAUUAAAUUCUACAUUUGGGGUAAAGGAGUAAAUGGUGCAAAUGUGAUUUUUCACUAAACUAUCUCUUUAAACUGUGAAAGAACAGAGAGAGAGAGAGAGAGCAGCUCAGAUCUUCUAAACAGGGCCUCUCUGCUCUCUCUCAGCCUGUUAGCCGUUAGCCUGUUAGCCGUGGGGGUGGGUUUUAAAGGUCUGGUCUCUGUGUUUGUGUUCAGGUUCACGCCGACUCUUCUGUGCGAGAGAAUUCUUCAGGGUUUUUCAGGGUUUAGGAUGAAGAAUCUUUUUAGAUUUUUUUUUUUAGAUAAAUUUUGAGAACAUUUUAGAAAAUAAAAAAACGUGUAUUUAAGUAUUUACGGAAUGACAUCUUUAAUUUAGCAUGUGUUUAAACGGCAUGAAGAUGAAGGGAACGUUUUUAGCCCAACAUUUGCUUAUAAAAUCUGUUUUUAUACCUUAUCAAUAUUACUUUUUAUUAUUAUAAAAAUGCACAAGUUCAGGAUUUUUGACUGUAUAUCUGAGUUAUGGAUUUUUUUUUUAGUUUUGGUGUUUUUUUAUCAUUAUUAUAAUUACAGUUAUGUAGUGUGUGGUAUUUUUGCGUUGUUUUAAAUAAAAUAAAUGAAACGACAAAAAAAGA